AUGCCGCACGCCGCGGCCGCCGUUGCCCGCAACAGCGCGACGGCGGCCCUGCUGAUGGCGGCGGCGCAGCAGCGCGCCAAGGAGGCGCUGAGCGACGACGCCGUGCCGCCGCCAGCGGCGCUGGCAGGGCUGGAGCAGGUGGCCGGUCUCACGGCGCUGGUGGACCGGCUGCCCGAGGCGGCGCAGCAAAAGGCGCUGGCGUGGUGCUCGGAGAACGAGGUGCAUGAGGUGGGCCUCAUCGCCGCCGCCGGUAUCGCGGACGCUUUCGUCGCCGCGCUGGGCAUCAAGCCCACAGGCGUGCCCGCGCUGCUCUUGCGGCAGCGGCUGAAGAGAGACUAGGAACGAUCUGCGGCCGAUGAGGCUGGCGGCCAACCAGGGACAGGAGGUCUCGCAGUUGAGGCGCGCCGGCGUUGGGCGGCGCGCCGCCGGACGGAGAGCCGCCCCGGCUCAGUCUGCCGAGUGCCGUGUUCCGCGAUAUAGGUCGUAUUGUGAAGUGAGUCA